AGUGUCCUGCCUGAUUACCUAGCCCGUUGCCCCGUACAGAUUAUCAGACGCCCCACCCACCAUGGGAGCCCGCUUUUCUGGGCCUGAGGUGCCAGCUGCGGUGGCCGCAGUGCCGGAUUCCCCGCCACCCAAUCGCCGCAUGGGCAAACGCCGUCGGCGAGGUUCGUCCUCUUCGGGAGGCUCGACGUCGGGCGAUCGGACGCGUGAGUCCCAAUUGGAGCGCUACCUGAGCACGCCCACGCCCAAGAAGCUGCAGACCACGUCCAAGUACAUCUACGACACACUCUUCACGGCCGCCCACCAAUCGGAUGUGAGCGUGGCCGCGCUUGGCCAGGUCUGGCCGCUCCACAAACACUACCUGAAGCAAUCACCCUAUUUCCGGUCCAUGUUCUCGGGGGCGUGGCGUGAAAGUGAGGAGAAGGUGAUCCAAAUCACCAUUGCCGAUCCCAACGUGGACGUUGCUUCCAUGAAUCUGGCCUUGGGAUCGCUGUAUCAAGACGAGGUGUCCGUUGUCCCCGCUCAGGUGAUUUCGGUGUUGGCCACAGCCACUUUGCUUCAAAUGGAGAGCCUCAUCCAGAAAUGUCGCGAAAUCAUGGUGGAAAGCCUCAACUAUAAAACGGCCAGCGCUUUCCUGACAGCGGCCGAAACCUACGGUUUACGGGAAGUACGCGAGGAGUGCGUCCGAUGGCUCCAAGUGAAUUUAUUGCACCAUAUGCCGGAGAGGCCUGAGGCUUUGAGGGAAAUUAGCCCAGCCAUUCUGCAAGAGGCCAUUGGAUCGACGGACUUGUUCGUGCUUCAAACUGAAGUGUCUGUGUAUGGAUUACUCCGUUUGUGGACCUUUCUACGGAUUCAUCCCGAUUGGAAGGGGGAUGCCAAUGAUGUUGUUCAGCAACCCCAUAUGUAUUUUGUGAAACGAGGCAAAACCCACCCGGAGUGCUUUUUGGAUUCGGAUGAAGGGCGGGAAUUUAUUCCCGUAUUUCGACAACUCCGACUCACUUACAUGGGCAAUCACAAGAUGGAUAUGGAGAUGCAGAUUAAAGAUCGAAUCAUCCCCGACAGUUGGAUGCUUCCCAUUUACCGCAAAAACUGGCACGAUAUGCUCGCCGUGGACUUUGGCUCCGAGAUUGGUCCCUUGAACGUGUCCUUAGAGGAUUUCGAGAAGCAUGCUCUUCGCUGUGGAAGAAUCAUCGAACUUGCGGGGUCUCACCACGUCUGGCGUUGGACAGGCUUUCACAUGGGCUUGGAUCUCAUCCUGACCUUCGACAACUUCCAAUUGUCCAUCAAGCGCAAUCAAAUGUCCUCGCCUAACAAUGAGCUCCAAGGUCUCCUGAGCCAUGCCAAACGUAGGCGGUUCUUCUACAAAGUAAACGUGGCAUCCCUGAACAAACAGGAACAGCCGGUUUAUCUGGCCAAUUCUGGCGUGAAGAAGGCCACUCUAAUGAUGAAUCAAAGCACGCCCAUUUUUGACGUGGACAAGAAGAAAGCCACUUUCCCGUUGUUGCUCUCACUCAACUUCCUUCUCACACAACCUUCCGAAUAUCCAACCGAGGAGAACGAACUUGUUCCUGACAACGGACCAGACAUCGAAGAUGUUCAGGGUCAAGCUUGAAUUGAGUGAGGGUCAAAACAGAGUUCACAUUCUGUUGUUACUUAAACCGACUCCUUAACAAUGUUGUCAGAGUUAUGCCACAUAAUCACUCAACUCAUGGCUCGAUAUUGAGUUGAAUGACCAUUGGAAUAAUCAUCUUCAGAAAUUGUC